UUUCUUAAUCUCCUUCCGACUUUUGCUUAAGGAAAUGGUUUGCGCCUCUUUUUCCGGGACUAUUGUUCGAUUCGUGAACUACAAGAUAUGAAUUUGGGAUUCGAAAUGAAGAAAUUUACAGAAGAAGAAUUGUUACAACACAUUUGAUUCAUUGAUUGGAUGAUUGGACAUAAAGCUAUGACUCUUCUCCGUUCUCAGUCAAGUAUUGCCGUUUAGAUUUUGUUUUGCUGUGAGCGAAGAUGGCAAAGAAGGGCAAGGCAAGGCAAUACACCGAUAGAAGGAGGGUCAGAUCUGAUCAUAAAUAUGAUGAUGAGCAAUCAGAUGAGGAUUACUGUGUCAGUGAAAAUGAGCUGUUUGAUUGUUCAGAAGAUGAAUCAUUUUCAUUAGUUGCGGAUACAUCAGGAGUCAGUUUGGGUGACUGUGAAGAUAGCGAAGAAGAUGAGAUUAUGAAUGUCAAGCAGAAAAAAGUUGUUAAAAAGAAUGAUGCCCCACCAAAAGCACAGAAUAGACAGAAAAGCAUUAUAAAACAAAGAAAAAGGAAAAGAGUUAUGUACAAAGAAGAUGAUGAGAUCAGUGAUGACAGCGAUGAUGAUGGUGAUUAUGAGGAGGAAGAUGAGGCAGAGGAGGAAGAGGAAUUUAUCCCAAAUGAGAUCAAUGGUGUUGUAAAACGGAAAACGAGGGAUCGGUUUAUUUACAGAGAUGAUGAUGAUGACGUGGACUUUACCCCAGAUGAGAUUAAUUCUACAGAAGAAGAAGAAGAAAACUUGCAUAUGAUGAGGGGGAAUAAGAAAAUGGUAAAGCGGAAAUUGACAAAGAAUAAUAGAAAAAGGGUGCAGGGGAAGACUAUCUCGAAAGUCUCAAAGAAAACAAGGAAGAAAACCUCUAAAGUUUCUAAGCAGAUCAAUAGGAAGGGACCAAGAAAAACUUGCAGGAAAAAUUAUUCACAAGAGAAAAGGGAAAGAAGAUUAAUUAUAGAUUCUGAUUCAGACUUUGUGAGUUGUGCAUCAUCAGACCAUGAGUAUAUUAUCUCUGAAGAAGAGAGUGAACAAAUUAGAGAAGCUAAUAAAUUGUGUAGAGGUUUGAGGGAUAGAUCAAGGAUUCCAGGUUGUUCAACUGAUGCACGUUUGAGGGAUAGAUCAAUGAUUCCAGGUUGUUCAACUGAUGCACCACAAGGAAAAACCAGUCAACAUCAGGAGAAGCGAUCACUAAGAAAGGGAAAGGAGAAGGUAGCAGUGGUUGAGGAGUUGAAGAAGAGUGAUGGAGGAAAGCAGGUUUGUGGGAUUUGUUUUUCUGAAGAAGAGAAAAAGACAAUCAAUGGCAUGUUAAAUUGCUGCAGCCACUACUUCUGUUUUGCUUGCAUCAUGGAGUGGUCAAAGGUUGAAUCUCGUUGCCCCCUUUGCAAGCAAAGAUUUGUAACCAUCACCAAGGAUGCAAAGUCACCAUCACCAAGGACUGUGGUGAUUCAUGUUCCUGAACGUGAUCAAGUUUAUGUACCAUCUGAAGAAGAGCUUAGGGGUUAUCUUGAUCCAUAUGAAAAUGUAAUUUGCACUGAAUGUCAACAAGGCGGGGAUGAUGCACAUAUGCUACUCUGUGAUAUAUGUGAUUCACCUGCACAUACUUAUUGCGUCGGCCUUGGAAGUGAUGUCCCUGAAGGUGAUUGGUACUGUGAAGCCUGUAGACUAGCAUCUCCUCGCUUCCAAAAUCCAGAAAAUUCAAAUCCAACAGGUGAGGACUAUUAUGGUAGACUGCCUUCUAUAGCCACCAGCAGGAGGGAGAGUUGUGAGCUGGACGAGAUGUAUGUACCUGAGACUCCAUUAGCGCAACAAACAUUCAACACUUCAUCUCCUAGAGAUAAUCAGUCUGGUUCUUCUUCAGCUUCAAGAUCUGUGGCUUCCACAGUUUCACGCAGGAGAAGAAUACACCGUCAAAUAAGCCGAUUUAUUAGUAAUAACAGGAUGAGAUGGGCACAGAAUAGAGAUGUCACUACUGGGGGUUAAGAGUUCGUAUGGUGGGGUUCUUGGAAGUUGGAUUAGAGAUGCAUCAUCGCCUUUUAACUUUUAAUGCUUCAGAUAAUAAAAGUCUUGAAACUUAAUGAGGAAAAGGGUGGGUGGGGAUACAGAUUAAACAAUUGCAAGUGAUACAUUUUUUGUUGAUAAACAUGUCAUUUUGCUGUGUUGAACCUUUGCUGAAGGACAUAACUCACAUAAGUAGUGGUACUGUGGUAGCUUGUUCAAUUGUGUUUACAGAGAAUGAUUUAAAAAUCUCCCACACUUCGGGAUUUGGGAGUAUAUGUAUGAAUGUAUCUAAAUAAGUUAACAUUACAGAAGAACGUUAAAGUAGAAAAAUGUAAUGUAAUCCCUCUUGCAACUGUUGCAAGUGUUGGCAUGGACACGGGGAACCAUUCCAGGUCUAGGUCCUGGUGAUGUAUAAGGAAGAAGAGGAGCCUAAGCCUAGUAUUUUGGUCCUCAAAUUUGUUUCGGU